CGCAUCCAACACCUCCAUCAUGCCGACCGCUUGGCUCCCCCCCUACGAAGCAGGUCUCCUGCCGUACUUCCUCCUCUACAGCACCCUCGCCACCCUCGCCCACGCACUAACAACGUACCUACACCCGCUCCGCUCCAUCCACGCCUUCUCCGGCCCGUCCGCACCGCCCAAAUCCCCCCUCCUCGCCCACGUCUACGGCCUCAUCAACCUCCUGGCGGCCUCCAUCCGCCUCUCCGCCGCGUACCACAUCCACAAUGCGCCUGUCUACGACCUCGCCGUGCUGAGCUUCGUGUUCGUGCUGGCGCUGUAUCUGUCUGAGAUUCUGGUGUGGGGCACUGUUGCGGUGCGGGAUGGGAUGGUGCCUAUCGUCGCGAGUGGGGUCGGGGUUCUGUGGAUGGUUGGGGGGAGGGAGUGGUAUCUUGGUUAUUGA